GUGCCGGUAGGAGGAGAAGAAGAAGAGCGGUAGAAGGCGGCGCGUGGCGGGCUGAGUUUGACGGAGGAGAAACGCAGCAAAGAAAGGAGGGCGACGUUCCUGGCGUCCAGAGUCCAUGGAGACGGAGGCGGGUGGCUCCGCCCCAUCGGGCGCCGUGGCGUCCUCCCUUCGGGAGCGGACGAUCGCAGAGAACAGCAUGGUGAUUCUGCUGCAGGGUCUGCAGGGGCAGGAGACCACCGUGGACCUGAGGAACGAGUGCGCGGCCCGGGGACGCGUGGUCAGCGUGGACGCCUUCAUGAACAUCCGUCUGGAGGACGUCCUGUACCGGGACCGGCGAGGACAGAGCACCCGGCUGCAGGAUCUGUUCGUCACGGGCAGGAACGUGCGUUACGUGCACAUCCCCGACCACGUGGACAUUAUGAAGACCAUGCAGAACCAGCUGGCUCAGAUCCACAGAGUCCGGAACUUUGCCGGCGGGAAGAAAGAGUUCACCAAGAAGAACUAAUGACCCGUUUGAUAGAACCGGAUGUUUCAAACCCUGGUUCUUGUUUCCAGAACAAUCGGACUGAAGGUUUGGACCACGAUCUGGUUCCUGUUCUCAUUAGAACCCAGACGGAUUUUCACUGUGAAUAAAAGGACUGAAGGGUCCAAACCAA